CCUAACGUACUUCUCACAUGAAGGAACCCCUUUCUUCAGGACUAGGGGCUACCCAGGGUCUCUGCUCACACCUGAGUCACUGACAGCUUUGGCGAUAAAUUUUGAUAACACGUUGGCCGUGUCGUCUGCGAAUCAGAGCUCAGCAAACACUGUAAUUUAGAAUAGAUUGCACUGUAGGUAUGUAAAUGGAUUGAAUAAAGCUACUACCGUUAAUUAGAGCAGGGAAGCUAUGUGUUCACAGUCUGUGCGAACUCUGUAUACUAGGAACUUCUACCUGUUGUACUGCGCUUUGCCUUACAACGACCAGAGUUCCUCCACAGAGAUCAUCUUUAAUUUUAAAUUGUUUAUACAAAGUGUUUUUAUCUUAAUGUUUCUGUGCAUCUCUCGGACUCUACCAAACAAGAUGUGACUUGGAAAUGAAAAAAAUCGAAAUAUCGUCGCUUAAAAAUGUAGGGGUGACAAGUCAAGACAGGUGUGUCACCAGUCUGAAUUAUAAGACAUAAAAAGGUCUCUCGAUGUCACACAGCUUCCACAAACCUCUGUUCGACGCAGUUGUCACAUACAUCCAGGGACUGGGACAAAGUAUUUAUUGAGGUUUGAGGAGAGAGCAAAACUGUGACUUGAUCUGCAACCAACUACAAUUUACAAAAUAAGACAACAAUGGAUUCAUCUCUAGACUCCUCGUCAAAAUCGUCUCUGCCAUACCACCAUCACCGUCGACAUGUUAAGAUGACUGAGUGGUUGGCCCAAUAUGAACGAGUGGCCCAGAGGCAGCAGGAAUACCUGAAGAGAAUACAAGACCUGAGACAGCAGUUGCAGUCACGUGAGCGUCACAUGCUGCUGACAAUCGAGCGCAUGCGCAGUCUUCCACGUCACCAUUCUCUGACCCAGAAUGGCUACGACUUCCUGCCUACCAAAAGGAAUUACAUGGUUCCACCCGCGGUGUCGCAGUCCUGGCCUUGCCAGACCUUCCAUCAGAAGGCUGGUCUGUUUCCGCCAGGGGCACCGAGACUAGAGAGUGAUGGGACCGACAACUCGCAGAAGGGAGUCUACUCUUGUUUUAUUUCCGGCGAGCGACUUCUGCCGAAAAUGACUCCUAAUAAGCUGACACUUGUGACUUCCAGACGGCACCAGAAAUCAAACCCCGUCAGUGACACUGCAGCAAAGUUCAAUAACUCUGUCAUCGAUAUGACCCUGGAGAGGAAUAAGACAGACUACGAGCCAAUCGAAGAGAUCGCGAAAAGAAACCGCAUUCACUUCUCGCGAUAUUUGAAGUCGCGGGAGGAGAAGCGUGUUGCCUUAGACUUAGAGAUUGCUGACAGGGAGGGAGGGCAGAAGAGACACAGCACAACGGAACGUUUGUCCACGCUUGCAGUCUGUGGAGAUGACAUGACAUGAACAUACAAGAUGGGGAGCAAUACGGUCUAGAUGCUGAGAGAUCGUAACUUAAGUUAUACGUAAACAACAAGUCGAAUAUUAUAGAAUAAUAAAGUUGUCAAAACACAGCCCUAAAAGCUCUGGAAGGUACUGUGCAGUGACAUUUAUUUUUUUCUAAUGAUUUUGUGGUCGUGUUCACUCACAAAAGGAAUGACCAUGACAU